CGCGGCCGCGCAUGGGCGGAUGGGGAUCCGCGCUCUUGGCGCGGCGGAUGAAUCCGGGGCUCGGCAGGCCGCGCCCGGAGCGCGGGGCUCUCACGGGCCGCUCCGCCCAUGGCCUCCCCGCUGGAGGACCCCGUCCUGAUCCGGCCUUUCCGCGGCCACACGGCGGCGGUGACGGGCGUCGCCUUCGAUGCGAACGCGGCGGAGAUGGUUACCUGCUCUGUGGAUAGGCUUCUCAUAUUGUGGAAGCUGAAGACACGGUGCAGCGCUUACAGAUUUUCAGGCCAUGCGGAAGCGGUGACAAGUGUAGAGUUCUCACCAGAUGGGCAGGUGCUGGCUUCAGCUUCUCAGGAUCACACUGUCAGGCUGUGGAUUCCUUGCAUUCAUGGAGAAUCAUCAGUGCUGAAAGGUCAUACAGCAUCUGUUCGGAGUGUGAGCUUCUCCCAUGAUGGCUACUCUCUAGUUUCAGCAUCCAAUGAUAAAUUAGUAAAAAUAUGGAGUGUUAGCUAUCAGCGCCUUUUGUCUACCCUAUUCCGACACACUGGUUGGGUUCGCUGUGCCAAAUUUUCACCUGAUGGAAGAAUAAUAGCAUCAUGUGGUGAGGACAAAUCUAUUAACAUCUGGGAUACAAGACAUAAAAAUUGUGUUAAUACCUUCUCAGAUUAUGAAGGAUUUCCAGCUUAUGUGGAUUUCAACCCAAGUGGAACAUGUAUAGCUUCUGCAGGUUCCAAUAACACAGUGAAACUAUGGGAUAUUCGAACGAACAAGCUGCUGCAGCAUUUCAAAGUUCACAGAGCAGGGGUUAAUUGUAUAUCAUUCCAUCCUUCUGGUAACUACCUCAUCACUGCUUCUUCUGAUGGUACCCUUAAGAUUCUGGACCUCUUAGGAGAAAGACUUAUUUACACUCUUCGUGGACACAAGGGACCUAUACUUUGUGUGGCUUUUUCAAAAGGUGGUGAAAAGUUUGCCUCAGGUGGAGUGGAUGCUCAGGUAUUACUAUGGAAAACUAACUUUGAUACUUUGGAUUAUGAAGAAGUUUUUGAACACAAUUUUAAAAGAACACAUAUUGAUGAUCCUCCUCAUCUUCUUGAUGUUUACCCAAGGUCACCUCACUUACAUGAUGAACAACGUGAAUCAGUUGAGGUCAACCCUACCUUUGAUGUGCCUGAUAUAGAAACACCUGACCCAGUUAUCAUCGAUAUUAGAACAUCUUCACGUAUCAGUACUCCUACAAAGGCAGCUGAAUCUUCAAAUGAUGUUCCUGUAUUCAAGGGUGUUGGUGAAAGUGAAGAACUGCCGAGUCCCUCUGCUUCUUCCUCAGCAAGAAGUUCAAAAAGGAAGGCAGAGAGUGAGAGUGGGUCAGCUGUGGGACAGCCCAGAGGCAUCUCCUCCUCCGUGGACUGUGCUUUGGACCACAUCGUGGGGCAGCUGGAGAUGUUAACUCUAACUAUUUCAAUCCUGGAACAACGUCUUACUUCUACGGAAGAUAAAUUGAAGGAAUGCGUAAAAGAUCAGCAAAAAAUGUUACUUAAGGGAAAACAGAACUAAUAAAAUAAAGUGAACUGUGUUGAUGAGUAUGUUUCAUAAAAUCACAAGGAAUGUUUCUUCACUGGAUUUUGCUAUAAGCAGAAACAUCAUAUGAAAGUAAUAAAAAUGGAAGAAAUUAAAAAAAAAUUCAAACAUUGGUAGCAAGCAGAUAUUCUGGUUAUCUAUUCAAUGAAGUGUAACCCAAUCAAAACUAGUACUUUCUAAAUAAUUUCCAUUGAACAUUCCAGAACUCUUAUUUCAACCUAACAAGGUAUUUGUAAGGCACUAACCAUGUAUUUUUAGAUGAAUAGCAGUUAUUAUGCAGGUUACCACUGUGCAGAUUUUUAAACUCUGUCAGUGAUUGUGAAAAUAAUGUUCUUUGUGCUAAGACAACAUUACUUAAGCACCUAAAUUAAGUAAGACAGUACAAAAAUGCCAGAGGUGUUCUUUGUCCCUUACAUAUUCUCAAGUGUUUUACCAAAAAGUAGUGUGCUAUUCUGUAUCUUCUAAACAUUUUAGUAAUGAUUGCAAGAAGAUGUAGUGUGAAAACUUUUAGUUACAAAUGCAGAAAUUAAGUCAUUUAAACUUUGAAGCUAUAAUUGCAUCUGUGUGAAUCCAGCUGCAAAACAUGAGUUUUCAUGCACUUGAACACUUCUGCUUAUCGUAUCCCCGUCAAAAUUCACUUUUCAUAUUUACAAAAAUAAAAAUCAGCUUUAUACUUCUGAAGAAUAUAUUUGAAGCAAACACAAAAAUAUGCAAAAUCUAGGUCAUAAAUACAAAAGAUUCUUAUCCUAUAAGAAUGCCCACGUGUGCUCAAGCUUUGCUUGCUGUGAAUGUACCCCAUCAAGUAAUGCAUUGUGAAUGCAGACAUAAGUCAGGAAAAACUUUGCAGUGUGUGAUGAUUUGGGUUUUAUUUUUAAUAAAAAUGCAAUUCUUAGAAA